CAGAAUCAAAUGUGUGUGGAUUGCCUUGCUAGCCCCCGACGAAGCAGGAUCAUUACACACUUGCCCAUUGACCAAGCAGGUUGUUAGUCCACACAAAGUCAUCAUAAUAACAAACACAUUCUCACAUACGAUACAUACGAUACGAGACAAAGAAUUAGUAGUAAAGAUAAUACAAAAGUAUACGAAGAGGAGAUAAAGAGAAGGAAAAUUUGGAAAAAUUUCAAAAUUUUGAGAACCAUAAAAUUUAAAUUGGUUUUUAAAAAAAAGUGAGACUUGACUUUCACUCGGAGAAAAUUUCGUAACAUCGUCUCGUCCCCGAGAAAGUUGAGACACGACAAGUGGAAGAAAUUUUGGAAAGUGUGUGUCUCAAAUAAAAAAGAAGUCAUAAAAAAGUGAAAGUUCAUAAAAUUUUAAGUCAUUAAAAUUUUAUUGUUAUUUGACUCUGGUGAAAGUUGAGAAAUUUGAAAAAAUUUGGAAAAAAAUCCUGAUUUUUAUUUGGAAGUGAGACAAGUGUGUGAAAAGAAAAGAAGGGCCGGACAAAUUGAGACGUUUCCAUGAAACAUUUCGCAAAAUAUUCGCAAUAUUAAUUACUAUUAUAAUAUACCGAAUGCAACCAAGUAUACGAACCAAUACGAUUUUAAAGAUUAGUCAAAACCCAUAAAUAAAUAAAAGAAGGUAUACGAUAUACAGAAAAAAAGGACAUAAAAAGGGUCAACUUUACGACGAAAUAAGUGAGAAAGAGAGAGAACCCUCAUAAAAUAAGUGAGUGUACACACAUAGUCAAAGACUGGAAUAAAAGGAGACGAAGAAAGAACUUGCCAAAUACACAUUUUUCGUAUACGAAAUCUCCUUAUCCGGUGCUUAUCUUGUUCUUCUCCGAUAAGUUUGGUCAGUAUUAUUAUUAUUAUUAGUGACCUCUCAUGUCAUGUCGGGUCGUGGCGUGUUACUAAAAUCGCCCUUAGUGCACUAGUUAAUUCGGGGCAGUGUGAGACUCUUAUGCAACUUUAAGACUUUCCUCUCCUCUAACAAAAUGAUGAACUCAUACUUUGAACAGUCUGGUUUUUACGGGACCCCCUCCGGCGCGGGGGACCAGUCGUACCGAUUUCCCAUCGGGUUAGGAAUGUCGCCCUACGCCCAGCACCACGGCGCCCGGGCGCCACAAGAUUCCCCUUACGACGCGACCGCCGCGGCGUGCAAGCUCUACUCGUCACAGGCCGGGAGCGGUGGGGGCGGCGGGGGUGGGGGCGGCGGGGGCGGGGGGGACGGGUACAAGCUAGACUGCCCGGUGAAUAAGGAGCCGUCGAAUGGGUAUAAUGGGAAAGAUGUCGGGGGUGGGGGGCACGGAUUACCCGGGUCGGCCGGGUGGGGCGGCCCGGCGGGGGCAGGGGUACCGGUGCGACCAACCGUUUGCACACCGGAUGGGCGAUACGGCGGGGGGAAUUCGGUGGGCGGUGGGGGCGGCGGCGGGGGCGAACCGUCGAGUCCGAGUCGAUCUCUGAGUUCGUGGAAUGCGACGUGUAACAAUUUACAAAAUGGGGGUGGCGGUCUAGCCGGCGGGGUACCGUCGCAAGCAGCCUCACAACUCCAACAAUCUGCCAACCACACGUUUUAUCCGUGGAUGGCGAUUGCAGGUCAGUCCUACUUAGGUGCGAACGGUCUGCGUCGCCGAGGGCGUCAAACGUACACACGCUACCAGACGUUGGAGCUGGAGAAGGAGUUUCACACGAACCACUAUUUGACGAGGAGACGUCGGAUCGAGAUGGCCCACGCACUCUGCCUCACCGAACGACAGAUCAAAAUUUGGUUCCAAAAUCGGCGCAUGAAGCUGAAGAAGGAGAUACAGGCAAUCAAGGAGCUGAAUGAGCAGGAAAAGCAAGCUCAGGCGGCAAAAGCAGAUUGUAAAUCCGUAUACUGAAUAAGAAAAAAUGCGGCACAAAGAAAUGAAGAUUUGCGAAGAAGAAGUUACAAAAAAUCCUGCAAUUAAUUUUACUACAGAAAAAUGAAAAAUAAAACCGAAGAUCUCGUCUGUUUGUGGAGGAGGAAAAGGAGAAGAAAAGAAUUGAAAACAUUCAACGUUUCCAGUGAAAUUAUUUAAAUAUUUAAGGAAAAACAAAGCUAGCGUGUAGUUAAAUCUUGAUAAUGUUCACUCACUAUUAAGUGUGUACAUAUAAAUAUGUAAACGUAAACGUAUACGGAGAAAUGAUGGUUUUUUAGGUUAAGUGUACGUAGUCAUUUUUGAAGUAUACUUUUUUCGUUUUUACUUAAUCAUUAUUUUAGAUAUGUGCCCACCCACCAACCAAAACCAACCAAAAACCGACAAAAGUAUGUAUACGAAGGUUUAUACGAGGAAAAAAAUUGAGAGAUACGAUUAAUUGUAGGUACAUGGAGAUAUAAUUCCUGUUUUUUUUAAGGAGCGUGGGUAAAAUUCUGGGUGAAAAAGAGAGUAUUUUGAGGUCAGGGUUUCCAAAGGGGGGGAUUUUCGAGGGGGUUUUACGGCUAUAAAAUGAUGGGAAUUUAUGUACAUGGAUAAGGCAGCAGUUAUACCAAAAUUCGUGUUUUUCAAUUUACUUGUUAUGAAAAUGUAUGUUUUUUAAGUAAAUUUUCAUGAAAAUACACCUUUUUUUAAAUUGACUUUUUAUCGCUGUAAAAAUACAUUAUUUUUCAAAAAAUAUAUUAUUUUGACAACGAUAAAAAGUUAAUUUCUUCAUAAAACCCAUAUUUUCUUAUAACUUCUGUCUUCUCGAUGUAAAUGAUUAUCCUUUCGUACCUGUAAAUUCGCCCUGGAAAUCCACCCCCGUUGAAAAAACCAAGCUCAAAAUACCCUAUUUUUUCCAAGAAUAUUGCUCCCGUUAACUAAGUUUUCUUAAUUUUUCGCCCAAUUUUUUUCACGCUGUCUUUUAACUGAAUGUGCAAAAUGAUGGAUGGAUGGAUCUUCUUUAGAGAAAUUAGCUACUUUUUUUAUUAGUCAAAAAGUCACCUACUUACGAUAAAGUAUUAUAAAAAAGGAGGUGGAGGAGGACCCGGAGGGGAAAGAGUUUUGAGAAAAAGAGAGUAAAUUUCCUUCCAAAUACUACCCUAAUUUCUGGUUAAAUUUAAAAAAACAACCGCUUUUAUAUAAAAAAAAAUGCCAUAAAAUAUUAAAUAGCAGACUUAAACAAAUACAUAGUUGUUCUUUCGUGAAGUGAGUAAUAAUUCAAAAUAUACGUAACAAACCAGUGACAGUCCUGAUAAGAUGAUAAGAAGAGGGAAAUUACAUAGUAGAUGGAUAAGUAAGUAGGGAAAAUAUUUCGGAAAAAUCAGCAAAAUACAUAAAUACAUAGUUUCGUAAUUUUACCUUGUAAGAAACAGUCCAAAAAAAUGAUGUAAUAAUUUUUGAUGGUUUUCUAUCACCGAGAUUUAAUUAAAUAUUAUUGUUCCCGGAAUAAGAUAGAUUUUUGGGGGGAUAGACUUUAAACGAGUUAGAGGGGUGAAAAUUGGUCGGAAAUUUGUAAAAUUUAUUUAGGAAAUUUUAUUAGAAGAUUUUAAAGCCGGAAUUGAAAUUUGGAAAAAUUGAGUUAUUAAUGUGUUGAAAAGAUUGGUUUCAAAAAAUUUCUUAGAAAGUGGAAGUUUUUUAAAGUCGGAAUAAAAAUUUGAAACAAAACAUUUAAUAAUUUAGCUGACAGAUGUUGGAGGAGGAUUUACAUAAAAUUAUGGACAAAUUCAGUUAGAAAUUCAAUUGGAAGAUUAUGAAACCGAAAUUAAAAUUUUGAAAAAAUUGAUUUCGUUAAAUACAUUGAAAAGAUAAAUUGUCGGACAGUGUCUCUUUUGCAUUUUUAGACCAAUUUUCACCCUAAACUGGAAACUAGAAUAAUUUUCCAAGUAUUACUAAAGUAAUAAAAGAAAGGGAAAAAUGCUUUAAAAUUUAGGGUCGCUUUAAGCAAAAAUACUUUUACUUUUAACGACUCUCACUUAAUAAAUAUCUAUCCUUUUUCGUUGGGAAAUGGUGGGUUGGAUUUUAGGAAAUUUUGCAAAAAUAUUUUCUUAUUUUUUUGAAAAAUUGUCAGAUUUUGACAACAUCGGAUUAAAUUUUCCUUCAGAAAUCAUUAAAUACUUAUCUUCAGAUCCAGAUUCUCCGUACUUGUGAUUUUAAAUUGAAACAAAAAUAAUUUGUUCAUAGAUUUUUCAGAAUUCGAAUUUUUUAAUGAUAAUUUCUACAAUGAUUUUUAAAAACAAAAAUCCAACCCAAUUUCCCUUGUUGCAAUUUUAAUUAAACACAAAAACGAAUCGAAUUAACCCAGUUUUAAAAAACUACUUUUUAGUAAGCCCAGCUUUAUUUAGAUAAAUUUUUAACUUAAUUUUAACCCUUGAGUCAUAAAUCUGUCACAAACUUUAUCUUAUCCGAAUUCCUUGUGGCAAUAUUUUAUAUUUUAUAUUUUUUGUUUUGUUUUGCUAAGAAAUAUUAUGUGUGUAACUCGCUUAGAUAAUCAUUACAAACAUUACGCGAUUAAUAAUCUUCCCAAUUAAAUAUAUAGAUUUAAGAAAAAUAGUUAAGUAAUUUAGAUACAAAAUUAUGUAUACAAAUUACAAAAACAAACCAAAACAAACCACCCGAGAACCAAAUUACUUAUAGAGAGGUGAAAAAUGUGGUAACGAAAUUGUCACGGAGUUUUGGUUACGAUUUUAAGAAAUUAAAUUUAAGAAAUUAAAAUUUGUUACGAGAUGGAGUUAAUUUUUGGUGAAUUUAGGAUGAAUUUCUGAUUAAUUUGUGACGAUUUUUGAUGAAUUUCUGAUUAAUUUGUGUCAAUUUUUGAUGAAUUUGUAAUGAAUUUAGGACGAAUUUCUGAUUAAUUUGUAACAAUUUCUGAUGAAUUUCUCAUGAAUUGUAAAUGAAUUUCUGAUGAAUUUUUUGACGAAUUUCUCAUGAAUUGUAAAUGAAUUUCUGAUGAAUUCUUUGACGAAUUUCUGACAUACUUUUUUGUCACGUUGUUCACAUUGGAUUUUUUUUGCUUAUAAUUUAAUCCGCCAACUCCUCCCGUGCCAAUUUUGUUACCACAUUCGUACUACCACGUGUCGUGGACCGCAUGACUUUUAGUUAAAAAUUUUGCUGAUAAAAUUGCAUAGGAAAUUGUUCCCAAGAACCCGAUUACCUCGAACAAUGUAUACUAAUGAAGAAACAGUUAUACGAUUUAAUGAUCUAAAUAUUCCUUACACGCGAAAAGAAAGAAUUUAAGCGGUUAAAAAUAAUAAUUACUAAUUAAUUACCUACAAUUUACUGCUGGCCGAGCUACAUUUAAAGAAAAACGAUAUACGGAAAAUAUGUACUAAUAAUUUAAUGACUUUGUUGAAUUGUAUACGAAAAAUGGAAUCGAUGAUCUUUAACGGUACAAGUUUUUAUUUAUUAACGUUUCGAUUUGGUGUGAAUUGAUUGAGUUUGCAUGGUUUUUUCGAUUGUUAUAAACUUCUUGGUUUACCUGGAAUUGAGCGGAUUCUUCACGGAGGUUUUUGUGAUGUGGUAAAAAAAAAUGUGCAAAUUAUUUGGCAAAAGUUAAGAAGGUAAAAUCAGGGCAGAAAAAGAUUUGCAAAAAUCUGUAAAAUGUGCAAAUUAAAAUUUAAAAUCAGGAUUGAUUACAGAGGUUACAAAAUUCGGUAAAAUGUGCCAAUUUAUUUGGCAACUCAAAAUACUAAAAUUUGCACGGUUUAUUACCACAUUACAAUAAUCCGAGUGAAUCCGUCUCAUAAAUAUACGUAAAAACAGAUCAUCAUUUUUUUGGUUCUUGUAUUUAAGAAAAAGAAAACUUUUGUUGAAACUUGUUUGUACAGAUUUGUAGAGAAUUUGCGAAUUUUUUUUUUUGCAUAAUUCUGCCACUGCUGCCAACAUGCCGCAUAUUAAUUAAUUAAUUAAUUACUCUAUUUUUACCCGUAUUAUUAUUUGAUUAAGAAAAGAAUUUGUAAAUUUGAUUGUAUUUAGAGUUAAUUAAUUAUGUAAAUUAAGUAUGUAAAUUAAGAAUAGAUUUGUAGCGAGUAAAAUAAAAUCAUGUUAAUUUUAAGUAUUUAGCGUAAUAAUUAAGCCGAUUUUUUGUUUGUGGAUGUAUUUAGAUGUAUUUACUUGUACUGCGUCGUCUUCGUCUCAGGCUAAUCGUCACACACCGUCGUCGUCGUUAAGGAUUAAGGAAGUAGAGAUAAAUAAUAAUUAAUUAAUUAAUUAAUUAAUUUACGUAAUUGUAAGUGAGUGAGGAAACAUGAGAGUCUUUUCAUGUCUGAUUAUUUAAUUAAAUUUUGAAAAUUUUCACUAAUGGAA